AUGGUGGUGGAGAGCCGAGGAGGGAUCAUGGACAGCAUCCAGAGAUUCUCAAACCUGCCAACGUAUCUCCCUGCGAGCCCUCACGUCUCCAACGCUGAUAUUUUCUUCUUCCUCAAAGAAGCCAACCAGGAUAUCAUGAGGAACUCCAGUUUGCAGUCUAGGGUGGAUUCAUUCUUUAUAUACAAAGCCAAGCAGCCACCUGUCCUAAAUGCCACGUACGGACCCUUUUCUGUUGAACAACCCGUUCCCUUGGACCUUAUGCUGACUUCUGCAUCUUUUGGUUUCACAAAUAAAUUCACUUUUAAUUGGAAAUUAAAAUCCCACAUAAUCAACAGCUCCAUCUAUUCCAACAAACCUAAAAUACAAACCUUGUUCUAUAUUGCGGGGAAGGACUGGGAUGACUACGACUCCGAGGAGAUGCUGCCUUGUGUGAAGAUGUUUGCUUUCCUGGAGUCCAGAGAAGUGGUGGCCAGCUGUAGAUUGACAGGCCACCUAGGAUUAUGUGUUGUGGAGUUGGAAUUGUCUCCCAGCUGGUUCAGCUCCCCUCCACCUCUGGUUUCAGAGGAAACAUCCUCCCUGGAAGGGAUUACUGUGGAGCUCUUCUAUAAGAUUUAUUCAGUGGAUGGGGAAUGCUCUCCAGAGGAUGCAAAAUGGGAAAACAAUAUCCAUGCAGGUGAAGAGAAUGAACACCAAGCUUUGUCAGCUAUGGAGAGGAUUGGUAGCAUCGUUGUUUACCCAAAUCAAGACAAAUUAAAGCAAUCUUCACUGAGGGUGGAUGAAAAUAUCCUUAUUCACUUGCCACUCAGCCCAGUCAGAGAGGGUGACAUUGUGACCUUCCAUGUUUUCCUGGCUGAUUACUCGCUAGCAGACCAGUUUGUAUUAAGGAUCAGGACGGCCCCAGGUGUGAAGAUCUCGGACAUCAGGGUCAGCGAUGCCGACCAGUGGGGUGUGCAGGAGGAGACGGACAGCGCCAGCACCACGGCCACGCUCACCUGCGUGCACAACGACCCCGGCGCCGAGGACAGAGCAAACAUGACCUCCUACGAGAUCCUGCAGAUGGAUUUUGAGAUCGACAACGCCAGCAGCGUGGCAGGGGCCCAGCAGAUCACCUGGCAGGUGGAAUAUCCACGGGACGACUCCGUCAGCGAGCUCGUGGUGUCCGAGAUCUUCGUCAGCCAAACGAUGUUCGUGGGAAUUGUUCCCCUUGCCAUGGACACGGAAAUCCUCAACACAGCCAUCCUCACGGGCAGGAUGGUGGCUGUUCCAGUCAAGGUGGUCGCAGUGCAGGAGGACGGCUCCGUGGUCGACGUCUCGGACUCCACCGAGUGCAGAUCUGCUGACGAAGACGUCGUAAAGGUUUCUGACAGCUGUGACUCCAUCUUCGUUAAUGGCAAGGAAAUGAAGAGCAAAGUGGAUACGAUUGUUAACUUCACUUACCAGCAUUUUACCACCCAGCUGGAAGUGACGGUCUGGCUUCCCAGGCUCCCGCUGCAGAUUGAGAUCUCUGACACAGAGCUCAGCCAGAUCAAAGGCUGGAGGAUUCCUGUCACCUCCAACAAAAGGCCCACCCGCGACAGCGAGGAUGAGGAGGAUGACGAGAAGAAAGGCAAAGGCUGCACCCUGCAGUACCAGCACGCCUUGGUGAGGGUCCUGACGCAGUUUGUGGCCGAAUCCUCGGAGUUUGGGGGCCAGCUGAGCUACCUGCUGGGCUCGGAGUGGCAGUUCGACAUCACCGACCUGGUGGCCGAUUUCAUGAAGGUGGAAGAGCCCAAGGUUGCCAAGCUGCAGGAGGGCCGAGUGCUGGCUGGGCGUGAGCAGGGCAUCACCACGGUGCAGGUUCUGUCUCCUCUCUCGGAUUCCAUCCUGGCAGAGAAGACAGUGAUCGUUCUGGAUGACCGGGUGACCAUCACAGACCUGGGGGUGCAGCUGGUGUCAGGCUUGUCUGUGUCCUUCCAAACCAGCAAAGGAAAUAAGAGAGCCCUCGUUGCUACCACCUCUGCCCACGACAUCCUGCGCACCCCCAAACAGGAGGCCGUGGUGAGUGCCUGGGUUUUGUUCAGCGAUGGGUCAGUGACACCCUUGGACAUCUACGACUCCAAGGACUUCUCCAUCUCCAUCACGUCCCUGGAUGAGAUGGUGGUGUCGUCACAGCAGAGCCUUCAGUCCCUCUGGCCCGUCGUGGUGGCCGAAGGGGACGGGCAGGGGCCUCUGAUUAAAAUCGAGAUGGUCAUCAGUGAGACCUGCCAGAAAACCAAGCGCAAGAGCGUCCUGGCUGUCGGGAAAGGAAACGUCAAGGUGAAGUUUGGCCAGAAAGAUUUGGACCAAAAAGGGAGCAGCAACGACAUCGAUGACCUGGAGAAAGAUUUUAAAAGCCAUGCAGGCAACGCUAUAGAGAAAGCUGCAGAACAAGAGAGGACAGCACAAGACUGGUCCAAAAACCACGAGGACGUGUCCAGUCCUGAGGACAAUGCAAACAAAAGCACAACUUUCAUAUCUCCCGUUGAUCAGGAGUCCCUGGAGGAUGGCCAGCUUCAAAACAACCCAACUGCCUUCACAGGUUUCCCUACCCAAGUAGAAAUUCCAGGAGAAAACAAUCCCAGCGACCUCUCAUUGACUUCCAGAGGGUUGACAGACCUGGAGAUCGGCAUGUACGCGCUGCUCUGUGUUUUCUGCUUAGCAAUCUUGGUCUUUUUGAUUAACUGUGUGGCAUUUGCUUGGAAGUACAGGCACAAAAGGUUUGCUGUGAGUGAGCAAGGCAACAUCCCCCAUUCCCAUGACUGGGUCUGGCUUGGAAAUGAGGUGGAGCUCCUGGAAAACCCAGUGGACAUUUCGCUCCCGUCGGAGGAGUGCACUACCAUGAUUGACAGAGGGAUGCAGUUUGAAGAAAGCAACUUUCUCCUUAAUGGGAGUUCUCAGAAGACUCUUCAUAAUCAUAUCCUCAGAUCUUCUGAGUACCUUUGUGAAAAAGAAGUUAAAAGUGAACCUAUAAAUCCUUCUGGGCCAAAGCAGAAGCGAGUAAAGUUCACUUCAUAUACAACAAUACUGCCAGAGGAUGGAGGCCCCUACACCAACUCAAUUCUAUUUGACAGUGAUGAUAAUAUUAAAUGGGUAUGCCAAGAUAUGAAUCUUGGUGAUUCCAAGGAACUUAGGGACUAUAUGGAAAGACUGCAAGACAAUAUGUAA